ACUCUUUAUCCAUAUACAGUAGAACCUCGAAAAGUUAAAGUCCAAGGGAAACACCAAUAUUUGAAGUUAUGGAGGUUUUAUGUUAUGAAGGUUUUAGGCUCUGAUGGGAAGGAAACAUGUGAUUUUUUGAAGUUAUACAGGUUUUUAAGUUACCGAAAAAAACGUAAGUAUUGAACUUUCAAAUUUCACGCGGAUGAAAUCGCGGGAAAAAGCUAGUCUGAUAUAAUCUGGCAACACUGCAACAGCAGCGUCAAAACUUUCUCGAAGCGAAUCAAAGAAAAAGGAAGAAAAGCAAAACCAAGUAAAAGCAUAUAAAUCCUAUAUGUGACAAUUUUCUGUGUUAUUCUUUAUAUGGCAAAUAUCUCUCAUCAUGGAAAAGGAGGACGUAACUUAUUGUCUUUUAUGCGCUCAAAUAAAAUGUUUCAGCAAGUUAAUAAAUUUGCAUACCAAGGGAAUUUUACAUAGAACUGCAUUAAAAUUGACCCGUUUGCAUAUUUCUUACGAUGAUCUUGACGCUGAUAAGUUACCGAGAAUGAUUUGCAUUUCUUGUAUGGAAAAAUUGGACAAAGCUUUCGAAUUCGUUCAUGAAGUCGACAAAGCAUUGGAGAGGUUGAAAGAGCUAUAUCAAAAGAAAUUAAAGACUGAAGGUAGCUCUUCGGAAAAUCAAGAAAGUGAUGUACAAAAUAUUAUAUCCGAAUACAGUGUACAUUUUAAACAAGAAGAUGCAGAAUCUUCAGACUCAGAAGCCAGUUAUAAUUCUACAGCUAAUAAGCAUGACUCUUCUGAUGAAAUGUCUCACAGUGAUGAAGUGGAAAAUAAUUCAGAUGUAUCUUCAAAAGAGUUAAGUUGGCAUGAUUACAUAUGGACAUGUGCAUACUGUGAAACACAGUUUACUGACCUUGCAGAACUUCAAACACAUUCAAUGCAAUAUCACCAAUGUUGUAAUGCAUACAAAUGCUAUGAUUGUAAAGUAUGGAGGAUGAAUUUAAAAGAUUUCAUAAUUCAUGUCAAAAGACAUAAGAAGUAUCUUAAAAUAAUGUGUCAUAAGUGUAAUAAGAAAUUUUUGUGUGCACAUCAUGUACAUAUACACUUAAGUAGUGCACAUGCUUCAAAAUCGCCCUUUGUGUGUCCGGGAUGUGAUGUUAACUUUGAAAGUAAAGAAGAACUAAGUACUCAUAGACAGGCAUUCUAUAAAAAUAAACGAAGAAAAUACAAUAUACCAUUAGGCAUAAAAUCUAAUACAAAUGACUUAUUUUGCAUUACUUGUAAAAAAUCUUAUGCAUCAAAGGAAUCACUCCAUAAACAUUUAUUAACUCAUAUUGAAAGAACAAGAGAGCACAUCUGUGAGAUAUGUGGCUUUUGUUUCUUCAGGAAACGGCAUUUAGUUGCGCACACAAUUGUGCAUGACGAAGAACGCAGGCAUCAAUGUAAAGUAUGUCUGAUGAAAUUUAAAACUAAAUAUAUCUUGAAGCAGCAUGUAGCUAUCCAUAGUGCAGAGAAACCAUUUAAAUGUGAUGAAUGUGGACACUCUUUCCGUCUGAAGAAUCAAUUGACUGCACACAUUAAAAGGCACAGUGACUCCAGACCACAUGAAUGCACAUAUUGUUUUAAAAGUUUUAGACUUAGAGCGACACUUAAAAAUCAUCUGCGACAGCAUACAGGAGAAAAGCCAUACUCAUGUGAUAUAUGUGUUCGGAAAUUUACAAAUUGGCCUAAUUAUAAUGUUCAUAUGAAAAGAAUGCACAAAACAAAUAGGGCCACGAAGAAAAUACCAAUAAAAGUAAUUGAAAAUAAAGAGGAACCAAAAAAAAAACUUUUGAGGAUGACAAAGGAGGCAAAAACUAAUUAGUAAAAAAAAAAUUGUUGCUGACAUAUGUUUCAUUUUAGUAAAAUGAUUGUUGAAACUGAAAUAGUUAUAUCCCAUGAAAAAUAUAAAAAAAUUAAGAAUGCUGUCUUGUUUCCCCUACAAAAUUGUGUUAAAUGUACAUGUAAAACCUAGAUAUAUUAGUAAGUGUCUAUUAUGAAGGAUUAGUAAUUACACGGUGCUGUUAUUUUGAAGAAAUACUGCUUGCUGUUUAUCCUAUUUUUACGUUAACCAAAGCAAAGCACUCAAGAAUUUAACAUAUUCUUUGAAUAUUAAUUGCCAAGGUUUCAUAAUAGACACUAAAAUGACAAAAUUUUACAUGACAUAUCAAAUUUUUGUAGGGGAAGCGAAACUCGGCAUUUUUAUAUUUUUCAUGGAAUCACACUACUUUUUGUAGGUUAUACUACUAAAAUUAUGGUCGUGAAUACCACUUUAGUUCGAACCUUUCCAUAACUGAAAAUACUCCAUUCCAGGAGUCAAGUUUUAAUGGUUAAUAUUUUUUAUAUUAUUUCAUCUUAUGCUAAAAGGUAAUAAAAAACUGGAUUUAGA